AUGUACAUCUUUGAUGGAUUGUCGGUGAUCUCUGAUACCUUUGACGAGCAUACCGAGCAUUUAACCUUUAUUCUAGGUGUGCUUGAGAAGCACGGAAUCUCCUUGGAACCCAAGAAAGCCUACGUCCCCUUCCCCGAGGUCUCACUUUUGGGCCAGCGGGUAGACGCGUUAGGUAUGACUACGCCGGAAGACAAGAUCAAGGCCAUCGCCGGUCUAGAAUUUCCCCGGACGUUACGUCAGCUGGAGACAUACCUCGGUAUGACCGGCGCUUUGCGUCAAUACGUGCCUCACUAUGCGAAGAAGUCAGAACCACUCCAGGUCAUCGAUAGUUUGUGUCACCCGAGGUGA